AUGCCGGAGCCCCCCGGCCCACUCGCUACGUUCUCGCCCCGCAAUCACCCAUGCAUCCUCAUCGGUAUUGGUGCAGGCAUGAUACCAGAGCCGCUCCCAAGUUGGCUCCAAGACAUCGUUGCUCGAGUGAGCGCAGUCUCGGUGCGCGUCACUGAGGAGAGUCAGACAGAGCCAUACCUUUUCGGAGCACAGCCAGCAAAUCACGUCCUGAUCAACGAGUACGAGCCGGGCCAGGGCAUUAUGCCCCACGAGGACGGACCCCUUUACCACCCUAUAAUCGCCACCGUGUCGCUGGGCGGUCACACCGUGCUGCGCUUCUCCCCCAAAACCCAACAUCCCCGGCCCGCAACCGAAGCAGGAGCUGACGAUGAUGGGGCUCCGCCCGAUCCUGUUGACCCUUUGUGCCCGGCCCAGACACCGUUCGAGCCUUUUGGGCUACUGCUGGAACCCAACAGCCUCGUUCUGGUGCACGGGCUGCUUUACCAGCACUUGCAUUGCAUUGAAGAGCUCACCACAGACACGCUCGACGCCAGCAUUAUCAACGCAUCGCAGCUUCAACAGCCCUUUGUGCCGGGUGAGCAGCGCGUCCGCGAGACGCGAGUUUCGCUCACCAUUCGCCGAGUGCCCAAGGUAGCCAAGCUCAAUAUUAACCGCCUCCUGGGGAAGCAAAGGUAG